AUGCCUCUCAUGGUCGCUGCCACCAGUGUUUCAUUGAAGCGUUGGAGUGGAGGUGAGACGCUUGUCUCUGCGCAAUACACGCACGAGUCGCACGAAGCGAGCGGGUCGGGCUUGACACAAUACCUGGCCACGGCGCUAUUCGGUCCGAAGGCCCCCGCCCCACGGUCUCCGUGUUACUCGCGCGCGUGCACUGUGCCGCAGAACAUGCUGCUGCGCCCCACCGCUGAAAAUCGAGUGAAAGCCCUAACAACGUGCUCCAGUUUCUCGUCGAUUUGUAGACUGCUUCACGGUUGGCUUUUCUGCGGAGAUUUCUCUGACUCAAGAAACACCAGUCUGUUUCGGUGUCGAUUCGACCGCCACGGAAGGUUUCGGCAACCCGCCCAGCUCGACCUCGCUCUCGUUGGUCGAUUUGCGCGAUGA